UAGUCAAGUGUUUAUAGGACAUACACAUAAGUACAACAUGUUCACAAAGUGUUUAGCUGUUCUUGCCUUCGUCGCAGUCUGUCAAGCAGGAGUUUUUGAACUGCCCCAAAUCCAUGGAUAUGCUGCACCACAAAGGCAUAUUGAAGAUUAUGAUGAUCACCCAAAAUACGAAUUCAACUACGGAGUACAAGAUGGCCACACUGGAGACCACAAGUCCCAACACGAACAACGUGAUGGUGAUGUAGUCAAAGGGUACUACACUGUAGCUGAACCUGAUGGUACUCUCCGAACCGUCCACUACACCGCUGAUGACCACAAUGGUUUCAAUGCUGUGGUAGAAAAAUCUGGACACCCAGUACACCCAGCCCCUGCUCAUGUUGCUCCCGUACAUCAUGAAGCACCUGCUUUCUAUCAUCAUUAGUUUCUGUACAAGCCAUAUUUAUAGAUAUUGUAUAUUUCAUGUUAUUAUUUUUUUAAUAAAAACACUGUUAUACUCAAA